AUGUCAACUAACCAGGGCAGUUCUGUCGUCAUCAAGGCGUCGGCGGUGGCGGAACCCGGGACCUUGGUGGAGGUCUACCGGGGACGUGCACCUGGCGCUUAUGUGCCGGGAACACCGUGGCGCACUUGGUGGCGACUAUUCAAUAAUUUCCUCAUUUUGAGGAAAGUUACAGAUGAGAUGGAGCAAAGAUUGAUCUUUUUGCAGGAAAUUGGAGGAAGCAACUACGAGCUGCUGGAGUCGCUGCUACAAGGCAGGGAGCCAGAACAGGUGCCACUGAAGGAGCUGAGCGAAACGAUGGCAAGCCACUUUCAACCGAAGAAACUGGUCUUGGCGGAACGGUAUGGAUUGAUGUCCCGAACACAACGCCCUGGACAAACUCUGCAGGACUAUUAUGCGGAGUUGCAGAAAGCUGCAGCGACAUGUGAGUUCGAAAAGAUAAAAGACCAUCGUGACGCCAUGGUCACAAUGGUAUUCAUAGGAGGAUUAGCCUCCUUAGAAACUAGGAAACGGCUCUUAGAGAGGGAGAACCUCACUUCUAAAGAAGCUCUGGAGGCGGCUGAGGCAUUCGAAAGAGUGGGCAAAAAUGCACCUCACCUUAAGGAGGGACUACAAGAAGUAGGCAUCUCGGUGGUGCAGUCCAAUAAAGGGAAGUUUUCGAAGAGGAAGCAGGAUGCACCGCCUCCACGAGCCAGAGCAAUGCAAAAUAAAAGCCGGGUUGGAGAACAAGCAGCGGGAGUUAAGAGUAGUAAACAACCGCUCGGUCGCUGCAGCCCAGUGCACAUGUUGUGGAGAAAAGUCUCCCGCCGGGUCAACUGGUGUGCGGAGCCCAGCACCUCCGACCUUGACGAGAUGGAUAGUAGUGAGAAUAAUAUUGAUAAGAGCGUCAAGGUCGUGGAGAAGAGCUGGCUAAGUUGGGGCAUCAGCCCGAGAGGUCCAGAAGGACCCGAGAUUUUGAGGUCGGACGAUCCGCCGAGAGUGCGUCGAUCGGGAGGCCAGUCGUUGUGCCAAAAAGUGGAUCCAGCUACUAUGCUGAGAAUAAAUAUCCAUGGCACCGACAUAGCGUGUGAACUGGAUACCGGAGCCUCGGUAUCAAUAUUGGAUGUGGCAUCGUGGAAGAGGAUAGGUAAGCCUCCACUCACGGAAGCCACAAUAGAGGCUACAGCCUACAAUAAUAGCCCAAUCCAGUUUUGUGGCAAGUGCACAGUGUGGGUACAAUUCAAUGGUAGACAAGCGAAAAUGGACCUGCAUGUGCUUGAAGGAGCCACUCGCACCUUAUGCGGAAGAGAUAUGAUCAGAGCCUUGAAGAUCGAUUGUGGCCCACAUUACCAGAGUGUACAUGAAAUGCAGGAUAGACCGGCGGUGAAGCAGAGGCUCGCAAAGAUCCUUGAGGAGAACAAGAGUGUAUUCAAACCCGGCCUUGGAAGAUGUGUGACCGCUCAAGCAACGUUGAAGUUUAAAAUGGAGCCGGUGCCGAAGUUUUUUAGGGCACGGCCGGUACCGUUGGCCUUACGGCCAAAGGUGGAAGAAAAGCUUAAGGAGCUAACACCACUGCAUUUGUGGGAAGAGCCAGCCAAACCUUGGCAGAGAAUACACAUAGAUUUCUGCCAGACACAAGGUGGAGAAAAAUGGCUGAUAGCGGUCGACGCUAAGUCGAAAUGGCCGGAGGUGGUCCGUAUGGGCCUUACCACGGCAGAGAGAACUAUAGACAAAUUGCGGUCGGUAUUCGCCACGCACGGGCUGCCGGAACAAAUUGUGUCCGAUAAUGGUCCCCCGUUCUCGGCUUCGGAUGGUAGGAAGCCGGAAAAUGUGCUGACGGAAUUGCUCUUCGAGUAUAGGGUAACCCCUCAUCGCGCGACCGGGAAGUCGCCGGCGGAAAUAUUGAUGGGGAGAGAAUUGAGAACUACGUUAGAUAUAAGAAAAACGAAGGAGAAGGCUAACCGAGAACAGUGGGUAUAG